CUACUUCAUCAGUUCAUGUUUCUAUCAUUUUCAUGUCUUUAUUUCCAUAUGGUUUUGGAAUUUGCAUGAAGAUAUUAGUUUUACUUCUUUUUUUUCUGCUGAAAUGAUUUCUUGUUUUGGUAGAUCACUAUGCAGUUAUGAAGGUAAAGCUAUUAGCAUCAGUAGCUGUGUGCCUUCUAGGUUGGCUAUAUAUAGCACUUAUCCCACCACCUCCCAAAGCUGUUGGAAGCCCAGGUGGUCCUCCUGUUACUUCACCGAGAGUAAGACUCUCUGAUGGCCGACACUUAUCUUACAAAGAGGCUGGUGUUCCCAGAGAAAUUGCUAAGCACAAAGUCAUUAUGGUUCAUGGCUUUGGUGGAAACAAAAACUUCGAAUUACCUAUUUCUCAAGAAAUUAUAGAUAAGCUCCAGAUAUAUCUUUUGACAUAUGACAGAUCAGGUUACGGAGAGAGUGAUGCAAAUCCAAAGCGCACAGUAAAGAGUGAGGCAUAUGAUUUACAAGAACUGGCAGAUGAGUUGCAACUCGGUACUAAGUUUUAUGUGGUUGGAAUAUCCAUGGGAGGAUACACUGCUUGGAGUUGCCUGAAAUACAUACCACAAAGGUUGUCGGGAGCUUCACUGGUAGUCCCCGUUGCCAACUACUGGUGGCCUAGUGUUCCUACUAGCGUGUCUAGAGAAGCCUUCAGUACUCAACUUUUGCAAGACAAGUGGACAUACAGUGUUGCACAUUACACCCCCUGGCUCUUAAACUGGUGGAUGACGCAAAAAUGGUUUCCUUCGUUCUCUGUUCUGGACUAUAACGUUGCAGCUUUUAGCAAAUCAGAUUUGGAGAUGAUGAGUACUCUGUUAAAUGCUCUAGGUACUAAUCAGAAACGACAACAAGGUGAGUAUGUGUCUGUUGUUCUCGACAUGAUGAAUAGUUUUGGAAAGUGGGAGUUUGAUCCCACAGAGGUUACAAAUCCUUUCCCUAACAACCAAGGCUCAGUUAGCAUUUGGCAAGGAUUUGAAGAUAAGAUUGUUCCAUAUCAACUUAACCGUCACGUCUCACAAAAGCUUCCCUGGAUUAGAUACCAUGAAGUUGCUAAUGAAGGACAUUUUUUUGUGUUCAAAAGAAACUAUGCUGAUGCUAUCAUAACGGAACUGAUAGUUGGAUCAACUGAUACUACUGCAUAGAGCUCUUGUUUGACACCAUUUGUUAAAUCUUGUUUUUUACUAUUAUGUUUUGUUUUAGUUUCUGAUUGUUGAUGUAUUAUAGAAGGAUCCCGACUUACUUUCAGAUGAGUCUGAGAGACAAUAAAUGAUGGUAGAGUUUUGUAAUGCAAUUUUUUGUGUCGU